GCAUGCAGUGCAUGGCGCGGGUGUGGUUGCUAUUGGCCAAGAAUAUGGUCAUAUUCUAGUUCACUAUAAUAUUGGCUAAACAGAGCUGGUUUGUAGAGAAUUCGCCGUGAAAUGUCAGCAGAGCUCCAUGCGCUACUCGCUUCGCCUAAUUUUUGUGGCGGUGCCCAUUAUUUCAUUCUUUUUCCUGCGCAUUCUAUACCGACGCGCGGACAGUCUCUCCGCCUCCACGAGGAAUUGGUGGGCUGGUGACAUCGUGGACUUCGAGGGCGCCGACAAUGUGACAGGAUUUGACCGGCCGAUCGUGCCCAACAUCGUGCACUUCGUGCGCCUAGGCAACGCAUCACUGAGUCUCGUCGAGGCAGUCUGCAUCCGAGCCGCGUGGAUACAACAGCGGCCCGCGUCGAUCGUCGUGCACUGCGACCAGUGCGACGAAUGGGCUCGCCGCUUCUCGAGUGCGCACUGGCCGCUCGUCUCCGGGAUCCCGGGCCUGCGGCUGGCGACGGUGAAGAGACCGCGCUACGUAUUCGGCAAGCGGCUCAGUUCCAUCUACCAUGCGUCGGACAUCACGAGGCUCCGCAUUCUGCGCAAGUACGGGGGCAUCUUCCUCGACGGUGACUCGUACCUCGUGCGCUCCUUGGAUCCGUUUCGACGCUUCGAAAUGGCACUGGGCUGGUACCCGAAACAAGCUCUAGGCACUCAGGUCCUUGUCGCCCACAAGAAUGCCAGAUUUCUUGAACUGUGGUACAACUCGUACCGAUACUAUCGCCCCGAGCUGUGGUACUGGAACGCGGGGCGGCUUCCCACGGAAAUGAUUUUGGUGCCACGACCACACCUUGUUCACCGUGUGCCUUACGACUUUGGUGUUCACAAUGUGGCGCACCUUUUGUAUGGAGUUUGCAAGCCCGACUGGAGACAUUUCUUUGCCAUUCACCUUCUCUUUCGACACAGGAGCUACCUCGUGACCACAGAUACGUUCGGGCCAUUGACGGUAUCCAACGUGGGCCGCUACAACACAACGUUUGGACAGAUGCUUAGGCUGGCUUUGUUUGGUACUACAAGACUUGGAGAUAACACUGUGAAAGAGCCUCAGUGGUUUCUUGAAAACCAGCUAGACUACGUCCUAGAUGCUUGUUAGUUUCUAAGGCAAGAAGUGUAAGUUUAAAGGCCCGUUUUCUUUGUUAUGCACAAUAUUUAUGUGAACUAGGGAAUUGAGAAGCAACAGUUCUUACUAAUAUUACAGGCUAUUAUGGGACUCUGAAACUUCUUUUUUUUUUCAGCAUUUGAAAAAGAAAAAAAAACCAUAGCCACUUUGUAGGCAAAGCUCUCAUCAAGACAUGUGAGCCGAAUUAAAUGCAGUUGAUGAUGCAGAGUUGUCAAGGACAGCCAAAAAUUACUUCUGGUCUCUUUCUCAAUGUCCAGAUCAGUUCUGUAAGAAGCGGGCCCAAUAAUGUUUGGCUGAUUUAUUGGUUGCAAGAGUAUUGUCGGUAAUAGUACUGUUGCUAAUCUUUAAUUAAAUGACAUCAUUACGUUAUUACAGUCUUCCAAGCUCGAUGGAUGGCCUCGUGCUUAUAAGGACACUCAAUACAAGUACUGUUACGUUGACGUGGAUUGUAAAACAGCAUUCCAGAAACCUUUGAGUGUUAAUUGUGUGGCAAAGAAAUGGUUAGUUUGGAAGGAAAUUGCGUUUCGGUUGUCGAUAUACCAUUAGCGGUAGUCAAAGUACCCUACUCUCAGAAAAGCCUUCUGACGUAACAAUUGCCAUGCUUGUAUUUUUCAACAGUCAGUGGAGCAAGUGGAUCUAGUGGAACAUGGCGCAGAGAAAAUUUAGCUUUCAUUGUUUGUAAAGUUACCGUUAAGCUCUUUCUUGUGUGAAUCAGUCUGAAAAGCAAAAAAAAGUGGUUUCGUUUUUCAUUCAGUUUUGUAACUUUCUGAAGUCUGCUUUUUGUUAAGGGUGGUUGAAGUAUAUGUGACUCUACAGAAGCCCUGCUGUGUCAUCAGCUUGUGUUCUAGAAUGACUCACUGCUGGCGUGAUUGCGGUCUACUGUUACUUUUCUGAGUUAGGAUAGCCCUGCUGCAUAUAAUAUUAAUGUUUUAGAUCUUCUAAAGUCUUGACCUUUCAUCCUGACAUUAUAUGUUAUUUGCAUUGAGUGUUUUUUGAAUGUCUUGUUUGGUUCUACAUUCAUGCAAUUUGGCAUCUAGCAUAUGUCAAGCGUGCUCUUUCGAAUACUAUGUGGCCAGUUCAGUCACUUUUCUUAUACUGAGUUCAUCAUAGCAGCCAUGUAAGUUUGGACUGGGGCCCCUAUUCUGAGCCUCUUAGCAUGUACUCUAAUCCAGCAAAACCGCUGUGUUUAGUCCAUUGUGUAACGUAAGUAGUGUGGCGUCCUUCUGCCGGAUGGGUUUUCAGACAACGGCAGCAGGUAUGGAUUAGGCAAGUCAAGUACAUGGUGCCUGAGGAUUAUUUAUAGAGGGCACCACACACUCCUGAACUCGAAAUAUUUGUUACAUGCACAAAAGCAAAACUGAUGCCCUAUGUCUAGACUCACAAUGAUGUAAAGUUGGGUCAGUUCACUUUGUUCAAUGUAGCUGUGCGCAUGAAGGACAAAUUUCUAAAUAAAGCGACUCAGUGGGGGCGCUGUCACUACCUGCAGCUUUGCUUAUACUUGAAUUAUCUGAAAAAUUGUGGCAUCGCAUUCCUGAGUCUAUUCUAUUAUUACGUAGAAAAUUACUUCAGGGCCUCAGUAGAGCUAUAUGAGCACCAAAUAAAUGAGCAGUGUUUCCCAGGCUGUGUUCAACUGGGGAAUUUAUUGAAAUGGCAGCCAUAGCCAGCUGCCUUCAGGCAGUGCCAUAUGCAAAUAUGUAGUCCACACUGUGGAUUCCUGCAGGAAUUCUUGGCAAGCAAGCUAUUAUAUGCGCUGAACUGCAGGCCUGUUCUCUUUAAAGUAGAAUAUGUAGUUCGAAAACUGGGGAUCAACAUAGAUUCUUCAGUGUGAUGUUGCUGCUAGGGUCGGACUAGACGUCUUGAACACUGUAUUGAAGUGUAACCUUCGAAUCGCGGCUAGCAUUCUGCAGAGUCUGGGAGGCAAAGCUUGCAGCUGAAAAAAGGUGUGUGCAGUCUGCUUUACAUGCAGUGCCUCAUGUGCAGUACAGGUGCCUUUUUUAUAUGUAUGAAUAGGUCACACAUGUUGCCAGGGAUUACAACAUGAAUCAUUGUUUACAUUCCUAAAAGGAUAAUGAAAUGUGUAUUGAUAUUACAGCCAAAUGUUUUUUUAAUUACGUUUACAUUUCAGGAAAUUUUUUAUCAUUCUAUACCUCUCUAAACUCUAGCAGACAGCCAAUUUUGAGUAAAUACAUAUGAGCACUAGGGUGGUUCACCCAUUUUGUGGUACCGUGUGAAAUUCUGUACAUAAAUCAAAAUGUAUAAAAAGGAGCUUUGGGUAGAAAGCGAGAAUUUUUUAGACAAUGCCAACCAUGUUUUGACCAUGUUCAUAUUGCUCAUGUCUUGCCUUGUCAUGGGCGUCAGCAGGAAUUUGUCUUGAGGGGUACAAACUAGAGUUGUGAACAACUAGGGGAGGAGUAGAAGAUAGCAUGGGUGGGGACAGGUGCUGUUGUUGUGUGAUGGGGGCCCCUUAUGCACUCCCCCUUCUGUUUGAUGCCUAUGAUUAUCAUGCCAAUUUCAUCAUGCAGCAUGCUCUCAUAAUAUUGGUGUUCAUACAUCUCAAGUUUUCUCAGAUGUGCUCCUGUUGUUAGAGUGUAGAGAAAGUGGGCAGUUUUCUGAAGGCUAUAAUUGAUAAGCCCUAUACUAAUUAAGUGCGACCACGACGUCUGUGUCAUGCAAUUCAAUAAGCGUGCUUGUUGCUUUCAGUGCAACCAGUUUGUACGUUUCUUUGAAGAUCACAAUUCAUUUAAAUGGUUUAUUUGCAAGUUUGUCGUUUACCUCUUACCUGGCUGGCCUCUGCACCUGUCUUAAUGAUGCGACUUAAUUUCAAUGAGAGGCAAAAGAUUUAUAGUUUUCAGGAGAUAAAUAAGGAUUUGUCUGUG